AUGUGGUCCAUUAUUCUUGAUGGUCAGUCUGAACAGAGCUGUGUGGUGCUGCGGACAAACGAGCCUGCUGUUAGUGAGUUGGAUGCUGCGGCAAUUAUGAUUCAGAAAUUCUAUAGGAGUUACAGCACUAGACGAGGCCUUGCAGAUUGUGCUGUUGUGGCUGAGGAACUAUGCUUUAAAAGGAAGCUCAAAGUCCUUGACUUUGAGAAACAUAAAGCUGCUUUGCCACGGUCGACACGGGCUAGGACAAGGGCUGCUGCCAGUACUUUGGGUUUUUCCAAGGACCAGAAGGCUCAGAAAAUAGCCCUGCAGUACUGGCUUGAAGCUAAAGACCGGGAGGGAUAUGAAGUGACUGUAGAGAACGGAAAGCUUGUUCACAGACAAUCAGGGAUGCUUGUUGACACAGUAAAAGGCUCUAAGUGGAUGUUUUUGCUCAGCGCACCAAGGGCUUUAUAUGUGGGGCAGAAAAGGAAAGGUGCUUUUCAUGACUCAAGUUUUCUAUCUGGAAGGGCUGCAGUUACAACUGGAAGAUUAGUUGCCCACAAUGGGGUUUUAAGGUACAUUUGGCCAUAUAGUGGUUACUAUCUCGCAACUGAAGACAAUUUCAAGGAAUUCAUUAGCUUCCCGCAGGAGCAACAUGUAGACCUAAACCAUGUCGAGAUGUUUGCAACAGAUGAUGAGAAGGCGUCAAUCCAAAUUCCUGACAAGUUGUGCUUAGAGCCAAAGAUGGAUAAGAGCAUGGAGUCCAAUGGAGAAGCACCUAUAAAUGACCUGUCCAAGUGUUUGUCCUGCAAGUGGGCAACUGGGGUUGGUCCACGUAUUGGGUGGGUUAGGGAAUACCCAUCAGAGCUACGACUCCAAGCGCUUGAGCAAGUCCGCCUAUCAGCAAGACCACAACCAAAGCCAACGGCUACUUCGGUAGAGUGGGCCUUCUUGCUCACUGGCCUCUGCCUAGAGAUUUUGUCACUUGCUUUUGACCAGGCUUCCUCCCCAAGUAAGCCCCAAUAUGCACUGUUUGGUAUGAUAUUGGCUAUUGCUGCUGUACUCAUUUGCAUCUGGGAGCUCAUUUACAAGGGUAAACUCAUUUACAAGGGUAAAAGGGAAAAGAGUUGUAUUGAGGCAGUGGGGACGGUUGUGGUGGUUCUAUUAUCCACAUUCCCAGCAUAG